AUGCCUUCGAAUGUUCCAUCGAAGAAGCUCGUGAAAACGCCAAGUAUGGCGAUCGCCGAAUCUCCCGGGAAAGUAAUCAACUCGGCUCCGGCCUAUAAUUCGCCGGAGACGGCGGAGGAGAACGGUGGUGUUCCUGAGAAACCUAUCAUUUCGUCUCCCUCUAUAAAGAGACUUUCUGAAUCGCCGAUAAAGGUGACUGUGGCUCCGGCGGUUAACGGUGUAACUCAACUGAGAUCUCGGUGGUCCUUUUCUUCUUCUAAGAGAAGCUACGGAAGUAGUAGAGAUGAAGCCUUCUUUGAUGCGAAUUCGCAUCAAUGGCUACAAUCCGAUUCAGAAGACGAUUUCUACAGCGUCAAUGGUGAUUUUACUCCAUCGCUUGGUAACACUCCAAAAUGUAGUUUCUCCGAGAGGCUUCCUCGUAUUCACAACCCUUUAUUUGAAGAAGAGAAGCCUCGAGUAUCGUUUUCGCUUCCACCAGCACCGAGGAGGAAGAAACUAGGUGAGCUUUUUAGAGACAGUAUAAGAGAAGAACGAGAGAUGAUUUUGGAAGAGCCAUCAGAAUCACAGAGUGAAGAGAGUAAAAAGUCAUCUGGUGAUAACUCUGGUGAGCUCAAGGUCAUUCAAGAUUCUGAAAAGGAGAAGAAGAAUCUUAAAUUGAAUUAUCAUCAUCGGUGUCUUCCUAGAUUCUCGACUUUCAAAGGAAGUUUAUUGGAGAAGAGAAAGAAGAAGAAGAAGAAAAUUAUUGUUAAUGAGAUUUGA